AUGUCGUCCGAAGAAACCGACACUGAAGACAGCAGGAAUUCUCAAAGUGAUGUCAGUUCUUUGGAUGAUGAUUUUGCUAGGAUGCAAUUUGAAUCAUCAAGUUCCGAGGAAGAAAUUUCUGAUGAUGACCGUAAUUCACAAGUUUGGAAUGAAAUAGAAUCAGAAUCGGAUGCUGAAUUUCAGGAGGACCAUGGAAUUGUUGAAGAAGUACCGACAACUUCAGAAGAUGAUACAAUCAAUCCUAUUGAUUGUUACCGACAUUUCAUCACCGACGAAAUCCUUAGCCGCAUGGUGCACGAAACUAAUCGAUAUGCAGAACAACAUUUACAAACCAAUGAGCUUAGCAAACGAUCACAAACUCUUCAAUGGAAACCAAUUACUAAUGAAGAGAUGCUUCAAUUUUUAAGAGUUGUUAUUCAGAUGGGAUUGGUACAAAUGCCUAAAGUGGAUUAUUAUUGGAGCAAAAGCAAGUUGUAUGGAUACGAAGUCAUUCAAAAUACAAUGUCAAGAGAUAGAUUUGAAUUACUUCUCAAAUUUUAUCAUUUUUCGAACAAUGAAAAUAAGCAUGCAGACCAAGAUAGGUUGUUCAAAUUGAAAUCACUGUUAGAUUUAUUGAAAGACCGAUUUAAGUCGAUUUAUAUUCCCAGUUCAACUAUUUCUAUCGACGAGACAAUGGUACCAUGGAAAGAUAGAUUUUUGUUUAAACAAUACAUUCCUGGCAAAGUGCACAAAUAUGGUAUAAAGAUAUACAAACUAGCGGCUACGAAUGGAUACACCUGGACUUUUACCCUUUAUACCGGAAAGCAGGAUCCAACGACUGGUCUUGGACAUUCUCAAACAGUCGUAAUGAAUUUAUCAGAAGAUCUUUUGGGAUGUUAUCAUACUAUAGUCGCGGACAACUUCUUUACAAGUAUUUCUCUUGCAGAACGUUUCUUGCAAAAUGAUACGUAUCUGAUUGGCACGUUCAAAAGUAAUCGUGCUGUAUCAGGCCAGGAAAUCGUUCAGAAAAAGCUGAAGCGUGGUGAAGUUUACGGACUCCAAAACAAAAACGGUAUAAAACUAAUCAAGUGGAAAGAUAAAAGAGACGUUUUGAUGAUAUCCACAAAACCAUCGCAUUCAGCAGUUGUAGUGGAUACCAGGAAAAUUAAUAAAUUAAAUGAGCGUAUCAUGAAACCACAAGUUGUCCUCGAUUAUAAUGAAGGAAAACAAGGUAUAGAUUUAUCUGAUCAGCUAUCAGCAUACUAUACAUGCUUUAGACGAUCUAUAAAAUGGUAUCACAAGGUGGCAUUUGAAUUAAUAUUUGGCACAUCGGUAGUGAAUAGCGAUUUGAUAUACAAAGAAAACUAUACAACUGGCAAUACAAGCAUCCUACAGAUCCGUGAGAGUCUUGUGCGAUCUUUAUUGCUUGAUGUACCAUCCAAGAAUUUGAAACCUGAACCAAGACAACAAUCAACAAGUUCAUUGAAGCGCAAACUAGCUGAUCACGAGCUCGAAGAAAUGGAAGGAUCUACACGCAAUGUACGAAGACGCUGCGCUGGUUGUUACGAGAAAAACAGGGAACAACAAUCAAGAGAAGCUUGUCAUUCAACGACGAAGAAAAUAAAAACUUUCUGUUCUGAUUGUAACAAAUUUUAUUGUCUUGAUUAUUCUAAUGAGAAGCAUCACGGUAUGCAGUAA